AUGUCUCCAUCAUUAACUAGUCUUGACGGUGUUGACAUUGUUAAUAUUCACCAAGAUGACAUGCAUUUCUCUCUUGUUGAUGAGCUUUACAAGAAUCUCAGCCCACCCGAGGGCGAGCCACCCUCAUUUCCCACUCUCCUGCUUUACGACACGAAAGGGCUCAAGUUAUUCGAGAAGAUCACUUACGUGGAUGAUUAUUACCUGACCAAUGCUGAGAUCGAGCUCUUGACAACACAUGCAAGGAGAAUAGUGGAGCGGAUUCCGCAAAAUGCGCAGCUGGUGGAGCUAGGCAGUGGCAACCUGAGAAAAGUCGAGAUUCUCCUGCGCGAAUGCGAGCGAUCGGAAAAGCGGGUGGAUUACUACGCAUUAGACUUGUCACUGACGGAGCUACAACGUACAUUCUCCGAGAUCUCACCCGAGAGCUUUACAUACGUUGGAUUCCAUGGGCUCCACGGCACCUACGAUGAUGCCCAUGACUGGUUGAAGAACCCGAAAAAUCGCACCAGGCCAACGGUUGUGCUUUCGAUGGGAUCCUCCAUCGGAAACUUCAGCCGCUCUGACGCCGCAAACUUUCUCGGUGGUUUUUCCAAGCUUCUCGGUCCGUCUGAUUUCCUCCUGAUCGGAGUGGACGCUUGCAAAGAUCCAGAAAAGGUUUACAGAGCUUAUAAUGAUUCGCAAGGCGUGACCCGAGAAUUUUAUGAGAAUGGGCUACGGCAUGCGAAUACCGUGCUAGGCUUCGAAGCUUUUCGACCUAGCGAUUGGGAAGUGGUGACUGAAUAUAACACUGCGAGCGGGUGUCAUCAAGCAUUUUACUCUCCGAAGGUUGAUGUUGUGAUCAACGACAUUGCAAUCCGGAAAGGAGAGAAGCUCAAGUUUGAAGAGGCCUAUAAAUAUAGUCGAGAUGAACGAGAUGAACUCUGUCGCGGCGCAGGCUUGAUUCCCCAGAUGGAAUUUGGCAAUUCCGAGGACAACUAUCAUAUCCAUCUGCUCUCGCCUGCAGCUCUUGACGUACCCACUGAGCCUUCUCAAUAUGCGGCUCGAUCUAUCCCAACACUGAAAGAUUUCCAAUCUUUAUGGACCGCAUGGGAUGUUGUGACCAAAACCAUGAUUCCCCGGGGAGAGCUCAUCUCUAAGCCGAUCAAACUCCGAAACGAGUUGAUCUUUUAUCUGGGCCAUAUCCCCACCUUUUUUGACAUUCAUAUGACCCGGGCAACACACGGGAAGCCAACGCACCCCAAAUAUUACCAAACUAUUUUUGAGCGAGGAGUUGACCCUGAUGUCGAGGACCCAGAGCAGUGUCAUGCGCACAGUGAAAUCCCCGACGAGUGGCCUCCCUUGGACGAAAUACUGGAUUAUCAAGAGCGCGUCCGGAACAGAGCACGAUGUCUUCUCAAGAAUACCGAAGUUUUGAAAGAUCGCUGUCUGGGUGAGGCCUUGUGGAUUGGGUUUGAACACGAGGCAAUGCAUCUGGAGACAUUCCUUUAUAUGCUGCUGCAGAGCGACAAAACUUUACCACCUUCUGGUAUUGACACGCCUGACUUCAUGAAAACGGCCGAAAAGGCCAGAAUCAAUUCCAAGCCAAAUCAGUGGUUUCGUAUACCCAUGCAGACUGUCACAGUUGGUCUGGAAGAUUUGGACAAGAGCGUCGUACCCAGAGAAUCCUAUGGGUGGGACAACGAGAAGCCACAGAAGAAAGUGAGAGUUCACUCUUUUGAAGCACUUGCUCGACCCAUUACAAAUGGUGAAUAUGCGAAAUACCUGCAAGCAAAUCGCUCUCGAACAAUCCCUGCAUCUUGGUUGCUUGUCCACUCAGACCAGGUCUAUCCUAUCGCCAAGGGAAUCGGUCGAUCUAGCCCUGGUGCCACCCAGGAGUAUUUAAACAACUUUGCCGUGCGUACUGUCUUUGGAUCUGUUCCGCUGGAGCUCGCGCAUGAUUGGCCCGUGAUCGCUUCCUUUGAUGAGCUGGCUAAAUAUGCCAAGUGGGUAGAAUGCCGAAUUCCCACGUUUGAGGAGGUCAAGAGUAUUUACCAAUACUCCGACCGACUAAAGGAGAGUGCCUCCGGCCAUGCAUCUAAUGGCUACAGCAACGUGGCCAAUGCAAUCAAUGGUACAAAGGCGUCCCCCGUGUUUCGUGACCUCACAGAUUGCAACGUGGGAUUCAAAAACUGGCAUCCCACGCCCGUUACUCCGAACGGUGAUCGUCUAGCGGGACAGGGUGAAUUUGGUGGAGUUUGGGAGUGGACCAGCUCACCUCUGUUACCCGAUGAAGGAUUCGAAGCUAUGGAAAUAUACCCAGGUUAUACCUCCGACUUCUUUGACGGGAAACACAAUAUUAUCCUGGGUGGCUCCUGGGCGACGCUACCUCGGAUUGCUGGUCGAUCUACAUUUGUCAACUGGUAUCAGCAUAAUUACGUCUAUGCCUGGGCUGGAGCGCGUCUGGUGAGAGACUUGUCAUGA